GUGUGAAUAACAUCAAUAAAGAUUGAGCAUGUUGAGUACAAGAAUGGCCCGCCAUACCGAGAUAAAUCGGGGGGUUGACGCCCCAUUUUACUGUUUUUACUGGCUGGAAGGUCGUUUCAGAUUAUUAAUAGCUCUGUGCCAUGGCCAUUUUGGAGGGUUGUUUAGCAGUAAUGGCUGCUGUAACAGCCACUCUUACCUACAAAUUCUUCGCUUUCCCAAUUCCUCCUAAGGCAGAAGAAACUUACAAGAGAAGAACCCUCCUUCUAUUCUGGUGGAUUUUGCAAACUUGGAUAAAGUUCAAGCUAUGUUUUGUGAAAGGCCACGAGAUAAUGAUGGCACGAGUAGAGGCGCCACCUCGCUCGUACCCAGAGGACACUGUUGUGACAGAAGACACCGAAAUGAUGGGAGUUCCUGUCCGGAUCUUUCGCCCCAAAGGCGCAAGCGACGACAAACUGCCAGGGGUCAUCUAUUAUCACGGCGGGGGCUGGUGUUGGGACCUUUGGGAGGCAUACGAUGCAACGCUGAGAGUUGUGGCGCGGCUGGAUAAAAUGGUCAUUGUUUCCGUCCGCUAUCGACUUGCGCCAGAGAACCCUUUUCCCGCCGGACCAGACGACUGUUUUGUCGUCACUCGUCACGUGUUAGAAAAUACCGAGACACUCGGCAUGGAUCCAGAAAACAUCACAUUGAUGGGAGACAGCGCUGGAGGAAAUUUAGCCAUGGUCAUGAUGAUAAAAUUACUAUCUUCGUCCAAGAAAAUAGACAAUCUUCCAAAAGUGAAGAAUUUGGUUCUAAUAUAUCCUGCUUUACAAGCGAUGAAUUUUAAAUUACCAUCAUAUAGACAACAUAAGGGAUCUAACAUACCUACAAUUCUCUCUUCGGAGCUAAUGGUAAAGUUUUACGUUGCUUACGCCCUCGGCAUGGAAUCCGUUGAUGUUGAGGAACUUCUAGAGAAUUCUCACUGGUCAGAAGAAAUGGAAGCAAAAUCAACGUGUAGGUGGAUCAAAAAAGAAGCGGAUUCUCUUCGCGAUGCCACAGAGUCGGACCCAAAACACAGGAAUUCUUUUUUAGCGAAAAAAGUUAAUAAAUAUUUUCUCGAUCCUCACUUCUCGCCUCUUCUCGCAGACGACACGAUUUUGAAGAGAUUUCCAAAUACUUACGUUUUAUCGGCAGAAAUGGACCCCCUGCGGGAUGAUAGUUUUCUGUUGGUAAAAAGACUAAAUGAGUUAGGGGUGAGGGUCAAACAUCGCCACUGGGAAAGCAUGGACCAUGGUUUUAUAGGAAUCACGAUUCUUUACACAAAUGCACAGAAAGCUUUGGAAGAAGUUGUAGAGUAUCUAAAGCAACAAUCUACGGAUGAUAUUUAGGGUUAAAUUACGGACCCCAAUAUUACCAUUAGUCCGUUUGUGCACCAAUACAAACAAUUUUAUUCAUUUGUACAAUUUAGAAUAAAAAGCUACAUUUCC